GAGAUCCAACAUGGCGACCUCUCGUGGUCCGCUUCGCCUGGGAUGGACUCUACGGGUUUUGUCCAACACUCAUUCAGCUUUACGUAAGAUAAGUACCUCAGCUUUCAACAGAAAUACCUUCAGAGUAAUACUUUCGACACAGAGACGAUUUUAUAGCGCAGAAGCACAGCCAGAAGAAGUUGAUACAAAGGUAGAUUCACCUAGGAAUCUACUAGAAGUUUACGAGGUGGAACCUACUUUACUGCAAGGUCCCAGGAAAAAGCCUAUUUCUCAAAAUUAUGUCGAGCAAGAAAUUGAAAAAUCACGAAAAAUCCGAUCCAGAGUUCCAGUGUGUAUAAAUCCUGUGGAUGCUCAAUGGACUCCUGAAUCUAAACGGGUUGGGUUGGUAGGAGUCAAGUUGGGAAUGAGUUGUUUGUGGCUCAAGGAUGGAACAAGGAAGCCUGUCACCCUGGUUGAGAUUAAGGAUUGUCAAGUUGUUGCAACAAGAAUCAGCAGAGAACUUGGUGGCAGAGAUGAUUCAACAGAGCUUCAGGUUGGAGCAGUGGAAGAAACUCAGUUGUAUAAUGUCAGAAAAUCUCAAUAUGGACACUUCAAGAAAUAUGGCAUCAAUCCAAAGAAAAAGGUGGCAAGCUUUCCUGUUACAGAAAAUGGUCUUCUUCAUCCUGGAACACCCCUUUAUGCAGCUCACUUCUAUCCUGGUCAGCAUGUUAAAAUUCAAGGAGUUACAAUUGACUGGGGAUUUCAAGGUGUGAUGAAAAGGUGGAAGAUGAAAGGCCAACCAGCUUCUCAUGGCCAUUCAAAAACACACAGGAAAAUGGGAGCAACAGGAGGCGGGCAGGAUCCUGGAAGAAUCUGGCCAGGAAAGAGGAUGCCUGGUCACAUGGGAAAUAAUAGCUGUACAUUCCUUGCUGUCAAGAUUCUUCGUAUCAACACCAAGUACAAUAUCCUUUACCUCCAGGGAAAUUGUCCAGGCAAAAAGGGAAGCUUCAUUACAAUUCAGGAUUCUUACAAGUCACACGAACACCCUCCUCCCUUCCCUACUUAUUUCCCAGAUCCCCAGGAUCCCCUCCCUGAGGAUAUGUUUGCAGAUGAUGUACAACAGUUUGAUGAGACAAUAUUUUUCACAAAACAGGACCAAGCCAGUGAAGCUGCACAGGAAAAUGCUUGAAGAUAUACAACUAUAGUUUACUGGUGGUUUACCAAGUCUAUGUGUGGUUUUCAUUCAGAGGGAAGGAAAAAACAACACCCUGUCACUGCAAUUAAGAAUGAUACAAGCAUGGAUGAAAAAAAACUGCAAGUGUGAUCUGUGCAGGGUUUUUACCGAUUCUUGACCUCUAGGAAAACUAUUGACCUAUUGACAUUUGCCGAGUAAAUUUUAAUAGUUGGAAAAAGUAUGGAAAAUAAAGUUUUUAAAGAUAGGAAGUUUGAAGUCUCUUCCUUGUUGUAA